ACGCCUUCAUUACAUUUAACCAUAGAGUCCAAGUGACACAGCCGCCACUUUGUUUUAUCCUUUUUUGUAUCUUAACUGAUGAUACCUUAGGUGUGCUCUCGCUUUUUAACGCGGCCUCUUUCCUUGUAAUUUAUGUUCAAGUUUUUUACAUAUAUACUGUACAUAUAUAUAAAUAACUUCUAGAAUCGUGCGGACGCAAGAAUCAAUGUGCUGCUGAAGACCUUGUUGGAUGAAAUGAGGUUCAUCUGUGGCAGAAUUGUGCUCUUCCUGAGUCUCUCACUGACUUUUAGUGUCUUCUGGCAUACCUUUCACAACCAAAAAGAUACAAGAGAAAAAAGCACAGAGACUCAGUUGAUGGCCUUCUAUGAAGAAUUGUUUGCUGCAGAAGAAAGAGGCAUACAGUUGUCCAGAGAACUGAGAACAGUCUUAGACAGGCUUGAACACCUCACCAAGGAGCAGACCAGCUCCACCACAAAUCAGACAGUUGGGCAUGCAGAGAUGCGUCACGGUGCCCCAUCCUUUAAUAAGAUGUCCAACACUUGGAUCUACCUACCCCACCUGAAGGAGCAUGAAGACAGCCUGACCCCCAAUGUGCUUCUCGGAAAAGGGAGAACUGGAGUGUCCCUGGUUCUGGGCAUUCCGACGGUGAAAAGGGAGAAGCAAAGUUACCUGAUCAGCACGCUGAGCUCGCUCUUCUAUGAGUUGUCUCCAGAGGAACUGACAGACAUUGUCGUCAUUGUUUUCGUGGCAGAGGUUGACUCUGCAUAUGUUCAAGGUGUGGCAGAGAGUAUAAUGACAAAGUUCCCUGAUGAGGUGAACUCGGGCAUUCUUGAGGUUGUAACAGCUUCCCCACAUUUCUACCCCAGUUUCAGUCAACUCAAGGAAACUUUAGGCGACAGCAAAGAGAGAGUGAAAUGGAGAACAAAGCAGAACCUGGAUUACAGUUUCCUGAUGCUCUAUGCUCAGCAAAAAGGAUCCUAUUACGUGCAGCUGGAAGAUGACAUUGCUGCAAAGGAGGGUUAUUUGCAAGCUAUGAAGACAUUUGCAAAACAGAACCCUGAAGACUGGCUGAUUUUAGAGUUUUCACAACUUGGAUUUAUUGGUAAAAUGUUCAGAACGUCAGACCUCCCGAUGCUUGUGGAGUUUAUCUUAAUGUUUUACAAGGACAAGCCCAUUGACUGGCUGCUGGACCAUAUUCUGUGGGUGAAGGUCUGCCAUCCAGAGAAGGGUGAGAAAGACUGCAGCAGGAAGAAGGAUGUUUUGAGGCGUCGCUACAAACCGUCACUCUUUCAGCACAUUGGGAUCCACUCCUCACUGAAAGGGAAAAUUCAAAAGCUGAAAGACAGGGACUUUGGCAAACAGACCUUGUUCAAAGCCCACACCAACCCCCCAGCAGAGCUCAAAACUAGCCUGACGGCUUAUGAGAGCCACACCCUGGAACGGGCCUACCUGGGACAGGACUUCUUCUGGGGGAUGUCCCCUGUGAUAGGGGACUUUGUCCAGAUCAGUUUCCACCAGCCACAACCAGUGAAAGGCUACCUCUUUCGCAGUGGAAACAUUGAAACAAAUGGAGACAAGUUGUACAAUACUACGGUGGAGGUUCUUCCUAGUGAUAGUUCAGUGCUCUGGAAAAUUGACAAGCACCCAUCUACCGAUGGCUUCAUCGUAAUAGGUGCCUUCGUCAAUGGGGUAGCAGAAGGAACGAUUGAUCCGUUGAUGGAGAAGAUAUCGGCCAUACGCCUGGUCAUUCACUCAGACUCCGACGUCUGGGCCCUUCUGAGUGAGAUAUUUAUUAGAUUAUGAACCAGUGAAGGGAGUAUGAAAAGCAAAUUUGCCCUCCAGAGAAGUGCCCGGAGGAACAGCUGGUGCUAGGUUCCAUCUAGUGGUCACUAGGCUCAGGCUGUUGAAAGACUCCGCACCAGUGAAAGGAAUUUCAUCUGAAAAUCUCCUUUGUUGCAUUUAAUGCUAAUUGGAUGCUGUUAAAUGUACGACAGCAAUGUCUGCUCACUUACGUAUUUCUUUUAACUUACAAAUUAAAGCAAUAUUGCUGUACCUCCCUGAAAAG